AUGACUACCAUUCGGGCGUUCAAGGCGACAGACCUGUUCAAGUUCAACCACAUACUGGUGACGCCGCAGUAUGCGAUCACCUUUUACCUCACCUACCUCUCCCGCUGGCCCGACAUGUGCGCGGUGAGCGCGACGCCGCAGGGGCGGCUCAUGGGCUACAUGAUCGGCAAGGCGGAGGGCCAAAACCUGGAGCGGCACGGGCACGUCACCGCGCUCACGGUCGCGCCCGAGUACCGGCGGCUUGGGAUAUCGCGCCGGUUGGUGGCCUUCCUCGAGCAUGUGUCGGACGAGGUGUACCGGGGCCUGUUCGUCGACCUCUACGUCCGCUGCGUGAACCUGGCCGCGAUCGGGAUCGUGUACCGGCGCCCUCGGUUGGGGAUGGCGCCGCGGGACGAGGAGGACGGGUUCGACAUGCGAAAGCCUCUUACACGAGAUCCGAUGCGCCGCUCCGUCCGCGCGAAUGGUCGGGAUAUCGUGGUUGGCGCGAACGAGGUCUCGUAG